AUGAAUAAUUUAUGCGAUCUCUUUGAAUCGAUCGGAUCCAUAACGUCCGAAACGGGAGCCCCGGACAUCACUUUAAUCGCUGAGGCAGAAUCUAUGUGCGCGCACAAAAGCAUCCUCGCUUCAUCAUGCGAAUACUUCAGAGCUCUCCUCCUGGGAGGUCUGAGGGAGGCCUCAGAGAGCGUCAUAACUCUCGAUAAUGCUUCCGUGAGAGCAUUCAAGGUUGUGCUGAAGUACAUCUACGCUCGACAGCUGGAUCUGCAAUCGAUGGAUCUUGAAAGCAGCUUGGACGUCCUAUGCUUGGCUCCAGAAAAUGGAAACAUCGAUUCGCGAGAACCUGGGAGGAAUUCUUGCCGGAUUCUAUCACGCGACUCCUUCUGUGCGGAAGAGAUCGAUAUUUUCAAGGCAGUGGCUCGUUGGUGUGAGACGAAUCCUGACCAAGAAGACCAGGCUGAAGUUCUGAAUCAAGUCCGACUACCGCUCAUCGCGACAAAGAAACUCGUGACUAAUAACGACGGAUCGAGCGUUCACAGUUGCGCUAAAAAAGCGUACUUCGUGAAUCACCUAUCCUUUCAAUUCGAUAGUAAUUCUGCGGACUUCGGGUUUAAUGUCGAGAUCUCGACCGAAUUCGAAAACUGGAUCAGUAUCAUCCAUCGCCCCAAUGGAUUCCGUCACUAUUUGCAAAAACUGUAUUUCGAGCCGAAAAUCGUACGGUUUGUUCGACUCCAAUGUCAGUCCUCUCCGAGACCGGAAAUCGGAGCCCUGUCGGAAUUCAAGGCAUCUCACAUAGAGCUCGUCGGUUUUACUUUUGACGGGUACUACGCCCCGGCGAAAAAUGUAGCUUCAUUCAAGUCAGGAGCUCUGAUCGAUCGAUGCUCGAAAGGGCGCAACGAGAUGAUUGGUGGGACGUCCACAGACGAUCUUGCUGGUUCGGGCUGGACCGAGCAUGAAAUCGGUGGCGAGCCGAUCUCCCUCCAAUUGCCGCAGCCGAACGCGGUGAACAUCAUCGAGAUGCAGCUUCCAGAGGAAUACGUACAGCAAUACGCCUACUACCUCGAGACCUCUACAGAUAACGAAAAUUGGAUCGAAGUCAUAGAACGCAGCGCUGACAAUUCAUUGCGAAGAUUCGAGUUUCCGACGCGGGCGGUCAGCUUCAUCAAAGUCGUGAGUACAGCAUCUCCGGAUAACCAGGGGACUCCGGAAUGCCCUCAGCAAUUGAUGCUGGAACGGCCGGGUCUGACGGCUACAAUGCAGGUGGUAAACCUCCGAGUGCCGAUCAGAAAGGACCCGCCGAUGAUACGAAUUCAAUACUUGGUCGUCUUCGUACUACAAACCCGAUAA